AUGGGCCCGGGGGAGAACCAGACCAGUGGUGUGACGGAGUUCAUCUUAGCUGGCUUCCCGACCCUCAACAGCACGAAAGCAGAAUUGUUUUCUGUAUUUCUUCUGGUCUACCUGCUGACUCUCACGGGGAAUGUGUUGAUUGUGGGCGUGGUUGGGGCUGAUGCCCGCCUGCAGACCCCCAUGUACUUCUUUCUGGGGAACUUGUCCUGCCUGGAGAUCCUCUUGACUUCAGUCAUCAUUCCCAAGAUGCUGAGCAAUUUCCUGUUCAGCCAACACACCAUUUCCUUCGCCGCCUGCAUUACCCAAUUCUAUUUCUAUUUCUUUCUUGGGGCCUCCGAGUUCCUGCUGUUGGCGGUCAUGUCUGUGGACCGCUACCUAGCCAUCUGUCACCCUCUGCGCUACCCCUUGCUCAUGAGCGGGGACGUGUGCUUUCGGGUAGCUUUGGCCUGCUGGGUGGGGGGACUCCUGCCUGUGCUCGGGCCCACCGUGGCUGUGGCCCUGCUCCCGUUCUGUGGGCGCGAUCCGGUGGUGCGGCACUUUUUCUGUGACAGUGGCCCACUGCUCCGCCUGGCAUGCACCAGCACCAAGGGGCUGGAGCAGACGGAUUUCAUUCUGGCCUCCCUGGUGAUCGUGUCCUCUCUGGUGGUUACUGCGGCAUCGUACGGCCACAUAGUCCUGGCUGUCCUCCGCAUCCCCUCUGCUUCCGGCCGUCACAAAGCCUUUUCCACCUGUACCUCCCACCUGAUGGUGGUGACCCUCUUCUACGGAAGUGCCAUCUUCCUCUAUGUACGACCGUCACAGAGCGGCUCUGUGGAGACGAACUGGGCAGUGACCGUGGUGACGACGUUUGUGACACCUCUGUUGAACCCCUUCAUCUACGCCUUGCGCAACGGGCAAGUUAAGGAGGUUUUGAAGGACAUGCUUAAGAAAGUGGUAGCAGACGGUUUGUGCCAUCUUUUCCUUGCCAAGACUUUCAAUAAGAAACCAGUGAGGUGA